AUGACACCAACGGAGACCCACAAAAAGUUAAAACUAACAGAAGCUCACAGAAAUGUUUCUCGUGCCAUGGUGUUUAAGUGGCAUAAGAGAUACACGGAUGGGUAUGAAGAAACUAAGCAGGAAAAGAGAGGCCGACCGAAGGAAAUCGACGACAACGUACUGGAAAUAAUAAAUGACACUAUUCGUGAUGACCGACGUCGGACAGUGCGGGAGAUGGAAGAAAUGUUCGGGACCGGCAAAUCAUCUAUUCAUCGCAUUCUAUCUGAGAAUUUAAGAAUGCAAAGGGUUUGCGCACGCUGGGUUCCUCGACGUUUGAAAGAAGAAGAAAAACAACGGAGAGUGUUGUGUUCCCGGGAAUUCCUUCGCCGUGUUCGAUCAGGCCGGGAAAAUUUCUUGGAUCGUAUCAUAACGACAGACGACCCAGAGGGAAAGCAAGCGUCAAGUGUUUGGAAAACACCGGGAACACCACCACCAAAAAAGGCAAAAGUCUCAAAAUCUGUCGACAAAGCUAGAACUCGACUUACUCGGAUUCAGCAGAAUAAGUCACCCACCAUACAGUCCAGACUUGGCACCGAUGGAUUUUGCUCUGUUCCCUUAUCUGAAGACUGA